AUGCCUGCGCGCGUGUCGCCACCACCGGCGGCCAACCUGAGCGGCGGCCUCACUAAGGAACAGCUCGACUUCUGGAACACAAAUGGCUAUUUGCUCAUCCCCGACGCCCUGAGUCCAGACACGACCAAGGCACUUCUUGAAGAAGCUUACAUCAUGCUCGACGACUUCUCUCUCGAUGACCACCCCAUGACCAAGUUCAGUACCGGCGAGAAGAGCGACCACGUUGGUGACGACUACUUCCUCGACUCCGGCGACAAGACCANNGACGCCUUCGACGCCGACGGGCACCUCACCAAGCCUAAGGCUAAGGCCAUCAACAAGAUCGGCCACUACCUACACGGCCUCUCCCCUCUCUACCGUAGCGCUUCGCUCUCCUCGGCCAAUGCCGCAAUCGCAAAGUCCCUCGGCUACCACGACCCGAGAAUACUCCAGUCUAUGAUUAUCUGCAAGCAACCAGAGAUCGGAGGCCGCGUCCCUCCCCACCAAGACAGCACAUUUCUAUAUACAGAUCCACCUUCCGCAGUCGGCUUCUGGUACGCUCUCGAGGAUGCAACAGCAGAAAACGGUUGUUUGAGUUUCGCAGCCGGGAGUCACAAGCGUGCCNCCAUCCGCUCUCGCUUUGUUAGACAGUAUGAGGAGGACGGUACACCUACCGCAACAGGCACUGGCUUCGCCGAGAAUGAGGGCAGCCAAUGGCCGCAAGGACUCCAAGAAGACACCGAAGUCAAGAAAGAAGUUUAUGAGCUCGGCGAAGUCAAAGCUGGCACUUUGGUCCUGAUUCACGGCAACCUUCUGCACAAGAGCGAGAAGAAUACGAGUAUGAAGGGCAGGAUGAUUUAUACCUUCCAUUGCAUCGAGGGCGGGAAUGACUAUGACGCAAAGAAUUGGUUGCAGCCUCCGGAAGAGGGCUUCUCCAAGCUCUUCCACUCAUGA